CCCCCCCGCCCCCCGCCCCCGUUCCUGGGCACCUCGUGUGUGACUCUUCUGCCCGCGCGCGCGCGUGCACGCUCGACAAAGCCACCGUGUCGACCGCUUCGCAGCAGCCACCCCCCCAGAGCCCCCUGGCGCCGUCGGUGCCCGGGAAACCGGGGGACUUCAUCGGCCCCGACGAUCGGUACCGGCUGGUCUGCCUAGUUGGCAGUGGGACCUACGGCCGGGUGUACAAGGCCGUUGACCGGCGCACUGAGCUCGCCGGCCGGGCUUCCCCUGGGGAUGCUGGGUCCCCGUCCGAGGCCGCGGCCCCGCCGUACGUGGCCCUGAAGCAGGUUCUCACGUCGGCCUCCCAGGCGACGGGAGCCCCGCCACCAAGCUCCAACAAGCCGGACCGCGCCGAAAUGGAGGGGCUCCCCCUGGCGGCUUUUCGCGAGAUUCGCACCCUCCAGCGCAUCGCCCACGAGAAUGUGGUCCACUUGCAUGAGGCCAUCCUUCAGAAUGAUACCGUAUAUCUGGUCUUCGAAUUCAUGCCAUACGACCUGUCCGGCAUCCUGUCCAAGGUGGCUCAGGGCCAGCUUCUCCUGCGCGAAACACACAUCCGCCGGUGGGCGCGGGAUCUUCUGAGCGGCGUGGCUUUCCUCCAUGCGGCCGGCAUGAUGCACCGUGACAUCAAGUCUGCCAACUUGCUGAUUGACGCCCAGGGCCGCCUGAAGCUCGGGGACCUGGGCCUCUCGCGGUCUUUCUGCCAUGCGGCCCUGCCCGGGAGUCCGCCACCGCCAAACCCCCCGGCAUUGGUGGGGACCGGGCCCUCAUCGGGGCCGACCACGCGCGCGCGGCCAAAUGGAAAGCGCUCGCGUGGUGACGGGGCGCCCCCUGCCGCGCCGACCCCCGUCGAUGAGGAGGAAGAGGAGGGCGAGGCCAGCGAGGAGGGGGCCAUCCCCGACCUGUCGCCACCCCCGGCGGCCAAACGCCCCCGCUGCCCGGUGAGCUUCACCUCGCGCGUGGUCACCCUCGGCUACCGGCCGCCGGAGCUGCUGCUCGGGUGCAUCGACUAUGGACCGGAAAUUGACCUCUGGAGCGUGGGCUGUGUGCUGGCCGAGAUGUACUUUGCCUUGCCGGAGCCGCUGCGCCGGUCGGCCGACGGCAGCCGCGGCCCCGGCACUCCGGAGCCCGAGCACCCCGACCGCGAUGAUGCAUUCGCCGCACCGACCACCCCUCGCGACAUGUGGUCCCCCUUGCCCGGGGAUCGCACCCUGCCGAUCGCACAGCAGGGAGUCGCCGGGCCCUUCUUCCGCGGGGAAACCGAAUUGGCCGUGCUGUUUGCCAUCUGGAAGCGCUGCGGGGUUCCCACGGCCGAGGGGUGGCCCGAACUUCGAGACCUCCCCUACUGGGGCAUGAUGCCUCGGCCGCGGGCUGGCGACACCCAUCCCGGGACUCUGGCCACCGAGCUGUCACAGAUCGGCAUCUCGUCCGUGGCACAGGAGCUCAUUCAGGCGCUCCUGGUCCCGGCCCCGGCUCGGCGCUUGACCGCCUGCCAGGCGCUGGUCCACCCUUUCUUCCGCGGGCCAAUCGCACCACAAGAGGACAUGCCCCUCCCCACUGAGGAGGUCCGAUACCAGGACCUCAAGCAGUCUUCCCGGCGGAGGGGGCCCUGACCAGGCGAACGGUCGAGGAGAGGCAGCAUUUGCUUGGCCAGGGGCAACCACACUCCGCCCCGCUCUCGCCAGGCUCUGCCCCCCC